CUUUAUUGAGACAACAAAAAGCGGCGUAGAGAACUAAAAUCACUUGUGCCUACGGUGCCUUUCAGACGAUUCUCGAGUCAGAGGAUGGUUCAUGUUGGACUCUUACCUUCCUACCUUUUUUCUCACUGUCCUGUAUCUGCUUUCCAUAUGGCUGGGUAACAGAUACAUGAAGAACAGACAUGCUCUCUCCCUCAGGGGUAUCCUCACCCUGUAUAACCUCGGAAUCACACUUCUCUCCGUGUAUAUGCUGGCAGAGCUUGUUCUCUCCAGUUGGGAAGGAGGCUACAAUUUACAGUGUCAGAAUCUCACCAGUGCAGGGGAAGCUGAUGUCCGGGUGGCCAAGGUGCUGUGGUGGUACUACUUCUCCAAAUCAAUAGAGUUCCUGGACACCAUUUUCUUUGUUUUGCGGAAAAAAACCAGUCAGAUUACUUUUCUUCACGUAUACCAUCAUGCCUCCAUGUUUAACAUCUGGUGGUGUGUUUUGAACUGGAUACCUUGUGGGCAAAGUUUCUUUGGACCCACACUGAACAGUUUUAUCCACAUUCUCAUGUACUCCUACUAUGGCCUUUCUGUAUUUCCUUCUAUGCACAAGUAUCUCUGGUGGAAGAGAUACCUCACGCAGGCUCAACUGGUGCAGUUCGUGCUCACCAUCACACACACGCUGAGCGCGGUGGUGAAACCCUGCGGCUUCCCCUUCGGCUGUCUCAUCUUCCAGUCUUCCUACAUGCUCACGUUAGUCAUCCUCUUCCUAAAUUUUUACGUUCAGACGUACCGGAAAAAGCCAGUGAAGAAAACUACAGAAGAGUCACCUUCAGGGAAAGAAGUUAAGAACGGUUUCUCCAAAGCCUGCUUCACUGCAACGAACGGGGUGAUAAGCAAGAAAGCACAAUAAACGUCGAGUCACAGACAAAGCAUAUAUAAUAGCCUCACAGAUUCGCUUGUUUUAAAGCAAAGACUGAAUUGAAAGUUAUAUAUGUUUUAGCGUAAACUAAUUUCUUUUGAGUUCAUAAAUCAUUUGUACCCGGAAUGUAUUAAUAUAUUGCUAUUAGGUUAAUCUGUUAACUGAUGCUUCCGUCAACACACGUGCCACCUCGAACACCGAACUCUGUAGACCUCAGACCUGGUGCGGCUCCUGUGUCCUCCACCCCCGACUGACCCCUCCCCAGAACCGCCGUCUUUAUGCCUUAGACUCAUACAAGGCCAGGACUCCUGGAGCCUUGUUUUCCGAAGCCAGUCUUCAAAUAAAAAGUCUUAUUUAGAUUGAAAUGUUGAAAUCAAAAUGUCAAUUACCUUUCUAACUACAGGGUACGUCUUAAUCUGUGUUGAGCAGUAUUUGCCAGUGCGGAAUCAGUCCAUUUGUUCCAUCAGGACCCGACCCCAGAAAAUAUGAACAUGGAUUGUAAACGGAAGACAGGAAAAUCUAGCACAACUUUUUCUCUUAAGGUAGAGUCUGUCAAAUUCCUACACUAAGUCUCAACUCAGUGACACGGUAAUGAAAUUUGUAUUUUAUCGUGACGAUGACUUUUUUUUUCCCCUAAGAAGAAAAACUCUGCCAAAUCCUCCUAGCUCAGGGGCCGUUUCUCACUUUUAAUUUGGUUCCCUUAACUAUUCAUGCAGUCCUGGCCACCCCCUGUGUCAAAUACCCUAGUUUUGGGUGUAAAUGGUCACCAUGCUCAGUUUUAAAAGCAGGAUCUAAAUCUGGCUGCCCGUUUCUGAUCAAGCAAUCUUCCUUUCUCCUUAGAAGAAUAAGCCGCUGGAAUAUUUAUAAAUCAGAGCAGUUGGGGCAAAGUAGACACUGAAUUUGUCUGCUCUUGUGAGUAUUAUCCCCAGAUAACCUGCUGCCACUCUUUGCAGGCUAAGUUUUUGAAAAUAGGAAGAAAAAGAGGACUGUGGACAGAUUCCAGCAUUGAGCUGUGGGCGGCAACGAGCCACAGUGACAAGUGCCAAUUAGGCCAAACCCAGCAUGUCCUAUCCCUGCCCAGGUAGCACGAGUGCUCCUGGGAACGAGCACAAAAGUGGAGGAAAACAUUAUAUUUUUUACCUCCCUUAGUAUCGGACUUUCACUGCUAAAUUGCACCAAGAAUGGAAACAAUAUUUUUUGAAAACGUGAGGAAGCUUUAUACCCUGUGAAACUAAGACUUGUCAGCUUGGGCACUUUUUCUUUCCGGUCUUCCUUCUAGAAUAAGCCUGAGGUCAAACGCGGCGGUGCCGGAGAGGCAGCCCCCCCCCCCGCUCAGGCUCUGUGGCAGCGCCUUGCUGUCCUUGGUGCCCCCCUGCUUUCUCGUCUGAAAACCAUUUUCCCUGCUUAGAAAAGAGCGCGGACUCGGGCUCAGCCGCACACGGACACCGACAGAGGCCCCUCCCGGUUGGUCUUCGCUCGCGUCCGCUGCCCUCGGGACCCCGCCUGCUCUGCCGAAGGUGACUGACCUCAGCCGAUCUCCGCGCGAAACGCGCUGUGCACAUUUGUGCGUGUAACUUGGGGGGCAUUUGGUCCAUUUUUACUGAACAGACACCCACUGGCGCUUGGAUUUAUUUUUCUAAGUUUUCUAAAACUAAUUUUUCUAGGGUGCUUCACCCCCACUUCCUCCCACCCCCCCCUGACCGUGUUGUUACGAGUAUUGUCCUCUCCCGGAAGCUCGUUUCGACCCAGGGGCCAGGCCGGGCACUUCCCUUGUCGCUCGGCUGGGACGAAACACCAGCUGGCCUGAGGGGACAGCCCCGCGGAGCACGUGGACGCCAGUUCAGGCCUGGGUCCCACACAAGGGCUAAAAUCUGCCACCAAAGUGCAUUCCAGGUAAAAACGAGACCCGGAGAGAAGCCACACCUCACCGGUCACCCGGCGUCCGCAGCUGCUUCUCAAAUGUCCGUGAGGCGCGAAGUCUCAGCGCCCCCUCGGCACCUGCAUGCUCGGUGCCCUCACGGGCCGGCAGUCGGCUUUCAGCAGAAUGACAGAGGCAAACAGCUUAAAGUUAGGUACGAGGCAGUUGGAAACCUCCGAGCUCAAAGGGGGAAACGUGGGUAGUUUGCACUUUCAAGCUCAACCUAGAGGUUUCAGGACGCGGUUUCCCGUUGGGUGUUUCAUCCUGGUGAACCUGAUCAAGCACUUCUAGCCUUAAACCAGUCAAGGGCUGAUACAAACGCACAGAGCUAGGAAAUCUUAGCCGCAGAAACUCAAUCAGGUAAAUAUUCUAACCUGUCUUUAAGUGUGUCGGAAUUUUCAAAAAAGCAAAAUGUCUACAUUUAAUGUGAUUUUCCUAAAACCAGGGGGUAAAAAAAAACCUCUGUAACCUGUUAAUAAAAAACAAACUUUUUGUGCCCGAAUUUCCUUUUACUCCUAAGAAUGAAAAUAUUUAAUACAAGCACAUCUUUAAAAUUCCAAUUUUUUAAAAUAAAAUGGAAUGUUAAAUGGAAAUGAAGAGGCAUUUUCAACCCAUCAAAAUUAUAUAUUGAACAAUCCAGUAGGGUUAUUGAAAGACAAGGCCCUCCCUAUACCCGUCAGAGGUAUUUCUUUUUCUUCGUGAGGCAAACGAUACUGACUGGGAUGGGCAGAGCCGCACUUUGUAAGAGACCAAUCUGAUACUUCCGUAUCAUUUUAUGAUGUUUCUAGAGUCUUCUUUACUUGGAAAAUAAGGAUAUCACUUUUUGGUUUUCUUUUGAAAGUACUUAAGAACAUAAUAUCAUGAUUGGAGUGGACAGGGAGACAGGAGAAGCCAUUUUUCUUUGUAGACAGAUAAAAAGCAUUCUGUAUGAUUGUUGUAUAAUAAAUUGAUUUUUACACUAAAGCAAA